UUGUCUUCUCCAUUUCACUGUUUUUUGCUUGGUGUUGCUGGAGUUCUGCCAGUGCUCCCUAUUCUUCCUUCAUCCUCUCAUCCCUCCUUGACUUCAGGUCUUUGUUCUGUGUAUCUAUCUCUCCAGACUCGCUAUACCCCGCGCAUUGCUACCCAGCUGUGAAUCAGUGAAUGGCCGUUUGCCAGAGCUGUCGAAAAUGGCGAUGAGAGCAAGACAAAAGAUCCGUGCUCCACGGAAGGGUCUCGCAUCGAGUAAAGGGGACGAUUUCGAGGCGAACUGGCAAGCCUUAUCGGGCUCGUUAAAGAGGAUCCACACGAAAGAUGCCUCCGAUCUCUCCUUCGAACAACUCUACCGAAAUGCCUACAACAUCAUCGUGACCAUGCGGGGUCACGACCUCUACGAACGGGUGAAACAACUGGAGCGGGAAUGGCUGGAAACGGAGGUUCGGAGCUGGGUGAAUGCCGCCAUCUCGCCCAGUCUUUUGUUUGCCCAAGAUGCGCUGGAUAUCCAAGACCAGGCAAAUGAACGGCGAGCGGCGGGAGAGAGGUUUUUGGCCGUCUUGCGGGAAACAUGGGAAGACCAUCAGCUCUCCAUGGGAAUGAUUACCGAUGUUCUGAUGUACAUGGAUCGCGUAGUCGUGGCGGAUCACCGAAAACCAUCAAUCUAUGUUGCGUCCAUGGCUUUGUUUCGAGAUAUCGUGCUACGGUCUCCGGUCCGUCCUGACACGAAGACGACGGUGGCCGAUGUACUGGAGUCGACGGUUCUCUUUCUGGUCCAGUUGGAGAGAUCCGGCCAGAUCAUCGAGAGGCCGCUGAUACGGCACUGCAUUUACAUGCUCGAGGGACUUUAUGAGACCAUCACCGAAGAGGAGUCAUCCAAGCUCUACCUGACCAGUUUCGAACCGGCAUUCCUCGAGGCCAGUAAGACAUUUUACCAAAAGGAGGGCCAGCGUCUGGUGGAAUCGGCCGACGCGGCGACAUUCUGCAAGGUAGCGAUGGAACGGAUCACGGAGGAAAAAGAGCGCUGCGCUUCGACGCUGUCGACGCUGUCGGAAUCUAAAAUCAAGGAGGUCCUGGACAACGAGCUCAUCAAGCGGAACAUCGCCGAAGUCGUCAAUCUCGAGGGAACCGGGGUCCGGAAUAUGCUCGAUCAAGACCGUCUGGAUAUCCUACGCAGUGUGUACGUCCUCAGCUCACGGGUGGACAGCAAGAAGGCGCCCUUGACCGCGGUCGUUCAAAAGUGCAUCGUCGACAUGGGCCAGGAAAUCAACACCUUAGCCACCGCCCCGGCCCCGGCUCCGGAACCAACAGACAAGAAAGCAGCCAAAGAGAAGGAGAAGCCGAUGAACCAGCAGACCACGUCGGCGAUCAAAUGGGUGGACGACAUCCUGGCUCUCAAGAAGAAGUUCGACGCCAUUUGGGUGGACUCCUUCAUGUCGGACCAGGUGAUGCAGAGCGCCAUCACGACCAGUUUCUCAGACUUCAUCAACUCGAACCCGCGCAGCUCCGAACACCUCUCCCUAUUCUUCGACGAAAACCUGAAAAAGGGCAUCAAGGGCAAGACCGACAGCGAAGUCGACGCCCUCCUCGACAACGGCAUCACCCUCCUGCGCUACAUCAAAGACAAAGACCUCUUCGAAGCCUACUACAAGAAGCACCUCUCCCGCCGUCUGCUAAUGAAACGCUCCGCCAGCAUGGACGCCGAGCGACAGAUGAUCUCAAAGAUGAAAAUGGAAGUCGGCAACCAAUUCACGCAGCGUCUUGAAUCCAUGUUCAAAGACAUGACCAUCUCAGAGGACCUAACCUCCAACUACAAAGACCACAUCCGCAAGAGCGCCAGCCAGGACAGCAAACCCGUCGACCUCGAGAUCAACGUGCUCACGAGCACAAUGUGGCCCAUGGAAAUCAUGUCCAACACCCGCGACGAAGUGCAACUCUCCUGCGUAUUCCCCCGCGAAGUCGAAUCCGUCAAGCAAAGCUUUGAGCAAUUCUACCUCAGCAAACACAGCGGCCGCAAACUCUCCUGGCAAGCCAGCAUGGGCACAGUUGACAUCCGAGCGACCUUCCAGCGCCCGAACGGCAAGACCCAGCGCCACGAGCUCAACGUGUCCACCUACGCGAUGAUCAUCCUCAUGCUCUUCAACGACGUCGCGCCAGGCGAAUCGCUCACCUUUGCAGAAAUCCAGAGCCGCACGCGCAUCCCGGACCACGAUCUCAUCCGCAACCUGCAAUCCCUAGCCGUGGCGCCCAAGACACGAGUCCUCAAGAAGGACCCCAUGAGCCGCGAGGUGAAGCCCACCGACCGCUUCUUCUUCAACCACGAAUUCCAGAGCCCGUUCACGAAGGUCCGUAUUGGCGUCGUCAGCGGCAGCGCCAACAAAGUCGAGAACAACGAUCAGCGCAAGGAGACGGAGAAGAAGAUGAACGAGGAGCGGGGGGCUAGUAUUGAAGCUGCUGUUGUUCGAAUCAUGAAACAACGCAAAACCCUCCCCCACUCAAAACUCAUGAGCGAAGUCCUCGGACAACUCUCCUCCCGCUUCGUCCCUGACGUGAACAUGAUCAAGCGACGGAUUGAAAGCUUGAUCGACCGGGAGUAUCUCGAGCGAGUGGGUGAAGAUCCCCCAACGUAUGGAUAUAUCGCUUGAUUUACCAUCUUCUUUUUCUUUCCUUCAUCAUCAUCUUUCCAACUUUUCUACAUGUCUAUUUUUUGUCAAGUUCCGACCACUUUCUACCUCUUUGGCGUAUUUAUCUUAUUUGGGCGCGGGGUUCUGGGUUGAAUUGAAUUUAGCGGUGAGGGAGGGCGCAGGUAGGGUAGGGAUUCACUAUGGGGUGUUGGAUUUCUUUGAUUUCUUUUUUCUUUUUUUUGAUGGGCUUUUUAUCUAGGGAUGCAGAUGAAU